AAAACCUCCUCUGCCCUCUCUCUCUCCCUCCCCCGAGCGUGAGUGCUGACGUUGCAGAGACGAUUUCUCUCGUCUCCUUCCAUAGAUCUUGCCGUCCUCUUCCCUCAUCUCGUAUUCCAUUUUUCAUUCUACUCUCUUCUUCCUUUUAUUGAGGGACGAUUUUCUCUAGGGUUUUCAAUGGCUGCUCCAAGAGCUCGAGCUGAUUACGAUUACCUCAUAAAGCUUCUCCUCAUUGGUGAUAGCGGUGUUGGUAAGAGUUGCCUUCUUCUACGUUUCUCAGAUGGUUCCUUUACUACUAGUUUUAUCACAACCAUUGGCAUUGAUUUUAAGAUAAGGACCAUUGAGCUUGAUGGAAAACGCAUAAAGUUGCAAAUUUGGGAUACUGCUGGUCAAGAGCGGUUCCGAACGAUUACCACUGCUUACUAUCGUGGAGCCAUGGGUAUUUUGCUCGUAUAUGAUGUCACCGAUGAGUCAUCCUUCAAUAACAUCAGGAAUUGGAUUCGUAACAUUGAACAGCAUGCUUCUGACAAUGUCAACAAGAUACUGGUGGGUAACAAGGCUGACAUGGACGAAAGCAAAAGGGCUGUUCCUACAUCAAGGGGCCAAGCUCUUGCUGAUGAAUACGGCAUUAAGUUCUUUGAGACUAGUGCAAAGACAAAUCUAAACGUGGAGGAGGUUUUCUUUUCAAUAGCUCGGGAUAUCAAGCAGAGACUUGCAGAUACUGACUCGAGAGCUGAGCCUCAGACAAUCAAAAUUAACCAGCCAGACCAGGGAGGAGGGACUUCUCAAGCUGCUCAAAAAUCAGCAUGCUGUGGUUCUUAGAUAAAACAGGUUGAAGAUGGAGAUCUUAAGAGAAAGUUAGUAUGUAUUAGGGUGGGGGUGUUUCCUAUUAUUUUAAUUGGUGUGUGUUUGAGGACAAACUUUGUAACUCUUUGAUCUCCUUAACAAUGCUUUACCCAUUUUACGUGUGUUGAAUUUGUUCAUCUAUUUUGGAUAAGGGGAAAGACUCAUAGCAGUGUCCAUUUGUUUUUGAAUUUUGAAUUGUAACAGAGUGUUUGUUUGUUCCUAAGCUGUUUUUGGCCAUAUGAGUUUGAGCUGUCAUUG